UUUUUUUUUUUUUUCCGUUACAAUGCCAAUUCAAUUUCCGUGCAUUACUUUGGCCGGUACCAACCUGGGUUUUUGUAUCUGUUCCUUUUUUUCUUUUCCUAAUUUGCCUCUGUGAAGGAUCCUCAGACCAGACUUGGCAGUCAGUCAUGACAACUGAUACAACUGCCCCAAGUUAUUGGUUAAACUGGAGGUUCUUCCUCUGUGCAAUAUGGGUCUUAACCUCCAUUGUUGUAUCGGCAAUUAUAAUAUGGAAAUUCGAAGGCUCCAAAAAAUCAAAAACAGCGGGAAGAGAUAACUGCCGAGAUAAAGUAGGAUCUUUGUACAAGGAUGAAGCUUGGAAGACGUCUUUGAUAGUAGUCCAUCCUGCUUGGCUGCUUGCCUUCAGAGUCAUUGCUUUCAGCACUCUUUUGGCAUUGCUUAUUGCCAGUGUUGUUCUUCAUGGAUUUGGAAUGUUCUACUUUUAUACCCAGUGGACUUUCACCUUGCUCACCAUGUAUUUUGGGCUUGCGUCUGUAUUCUCCAUUUAUGGGUGUUGCCAAUGUUGUCAUGAAGUUGGUGAUGGGGUUGAUCUUGUCGCUUUAGAUGCAAAGCGAGGCACUUAUGUGGCUCCAGCAUUGGAGGAAAAUGCCAAGCUGCAAAAUAUGUCUAAAAACGUGAAUUCCCAUGAAGAAACUCGUGUUAGGAAAACUGCAGGGACAUGGGGCUAUGCCUUUCAAAUCAUUUACCAGGUUUGUGCAGGUGCUGUGACGCUUACAGACUGCGUCUUUUGGUUCGUACUUUAUCCAUUUCUCACCUCCGCUGAUUACAGAUUGAGUUUUAUGGAUGUAAGUAUGCAUUCAAUCAAUGCUGUUUUUCUCCUCGGUGAUGUCUUUUUGAAUGGCUUGCGGUUUCCCUUCUUCCGAAUAGCUUAUUUUAUUCUAUUGACGGGAAUAUUUGUCAUCUUUCAAUGGAUCAUCCAUGCUUGUGUUUCAAUGUGGUGGCCUUAUCCAUUUCUGGACUUGUCGUUGCCAUAUGCUCCUAUCUGGUAUUUGGGCGUGGGGUUGCUACAUCUUCCAUGCUAUAGCGUUUUUGCUAUGAUAGUAAGGAUGAAGCACUUGUGCUUGUCAAGAUUGUUCCCAGAUGCAUUAUAAACGCCUUGCCUUACUUUCUCUCUGGAUUAGUUUAACUGCUCAUAUGGGAUUUUCCCGCCAUGAAAGAUUUAUGUGUUAAGCAAAGGCCGACUAAACUCUACUCCGAAGUUAACAAGGCUUCUCUCUUUCACCAGGUUUGUACCUGUGGUCCCUAUAUGGUAUGUGAGAUAUGGGAUAGAGGAUUUGAUAUUCUUUAUAGGACUCUGCGACUGUUAAUAUGUGGAAUGUGUAAAGCUUUAGAAUUUUGAGGAAACAAGCAGUGUAUGACUCUUGCAGAUUGAUGCCUAAUGAAUGACACUAUUGCACUGAGCAGUUCCACUAGAA